AUGCGUUUCUCCAGUCUCACGUUCAUCCUCGUGGCCGCUAGUGCCUCCCUCGGUCUCGCUGCACCUAUCGAUGCGAGAAGCGAUAGCAUCGCUUCCACUGAUUCCACUCAGCAGGGUUGCGACCACAACUGGACGCUCUGUGGUUGUGCUGGCCGUAAGGGCGGAGAUGGCAAGCACUGCGGGAUCCCUCAGAAGGGCGGCCUGCAAUGCCCUGGCUAUUAA